AUGACCAUCUGGUCGGGCCACGUUUUCCUUCUUUCAAACAUGGUGAUCUUGCGUUUUGAUGCUGAUUGGGUAAGGGACAUGUGGGAAGGCAGACAGGGAAGGGAGGGGUCUUUAGGUCAACUUAUUUUUUGGAUCAACUUGUCAUUACGAAUACGAAUUAUACAUUUGACACAAUUUGUAGAGCGCAAAGAAACAAUAGUGAGAAGGUUGCAGUAUCACACCGAUUCCGAAAUGAGUAGUUCGGAGGAAGUGUCGUGGAUUACGUGGUUCUGUGGCCUACGAGGGAAUGAGUUCUUCUGUGAAGUAGACGAAGAAUACAUCCAGGAUAAAUUUAAUUUGACAGGUCUUAAUGAACAAGUGCCACAUUAUCGACAAGCAUUGGAUAUGAUUUUGGAUUUAGAGCCAGAUGAUGACUUUGAAGACAAUCCGAAUCAAUCAGAUUUGGUUGAGCAAGCUGCUGAAAUGUUGUAUGGACUAAUUCAUGCUCGCUACAUUCUUACAAAUCGUGGAAUCCAACAAAUGAUUGACAAAUGGCAUGAUCAUGAUUUUGGCGUAUGGCUUUCGGAUGUACCUGGCGAAUCGAUGGUAAAACUCUAUUGCCCUCGUUGCUGUGAUGUGUAUGUGCCAAAAUCAUCAAAGCAUCAGAAUACUGAUGGUUCUUAUUUUGGUACAGGAUUUCCUCAUAUGCUUUUCUUCGUACAUCCUGAAGAAAGACCAAAACGACCUGCAACGAGUUUUGUUCCACGAUUGUAUGGUUUCAAAAUUCAUCCCACUGCUUACGCUUUGCAGUAUCAACAGAGCCAGUGCAAUGGUAAUAUAAACAACAGCUCGCCAACAGUGGCAGUCAAUAUGUCACCGUUUACCGCUAAAUGA